AUGUCCGACUACGAUGCUCUUUUGCAAUUCAACAAGAGACCUGUCUCGCAAGAAAUGAUCCAAUUUUUAGCUACAUCUACUGCCUCCAUAAUCCAAAUCAGACAAAACAGUAAUCCGGUGCAUGGAUGCCCACCACCGGAACUAUCUCUCUUUAUCAAAAAAGUAGUAGUUCAGUCCAACGUACAAACACCAACAUUAAUGGCCACUACAGUCUAUCUAAACAAAUUGAAGAGUAUAAUACCCAAGAACGUGUACGGCAUCGAGACCACAAGACACCGGAUAUUCUUGGGGUGCCUGAUAUUAGCAGCCAAGACUUUGAACGAUUCCUCUCCCUGGAACAAACACUGGACCACAUACACAGAGGGCUUGCUCAAAGUGCGCGAGGUAAACACUAUUGAACGUGAACUCUUGGAAUACUUCAACUGGGAUGUAAGAAUAACCACGUCUGAUCUGAUUAAUUCUCUAGCGUUCUUCUUGGUCCCGAUUCAGGAGCAAUUAUUUAGGCAACAAAGACAAGAACUACUAUUGUUCAAUGCCCCAAGUCCUGGUCAAUUGAAAGAAUACAUUAAUCAUAGAAGGCCGGUUUCGCAUUCUAGAUCUUCUUCUACCAUGUCAGUUCCAUCGCUGGCAUCUAUAAUGACAGUAUCAACAACAGACUCGAGGAUCUCCGCAUUCGCACAGUUGCAACCGUCUUUACCAUUGAUGGAACUCGAUAACCUUAAUAAGGAAAACCAUGGACCUUUCAGCGGUCAAGGCAAUAUGCAUAAGAAUAUCGCUGUCUUGUCUCAACAAAAGACAUGUCCAACGCAUUAUAUCAAUACAGCAUUGCCGAAUGGACAACCGACACCACAUAAACCUGAGGUCCACCAAAGGCUUCAUUUCACAAGGAAGGGCUGGUCAUCAUUUUUCAAGCAGUAG